GGCAAACGAACGCAACAGUCGCAAGCAGGUAAUCUACUAGAGCGCGUUCGGGCCCGGACAAAAUAUUAUUGGCCGCUUGCAAAGAAUUCACAAAAAAAAAUAGAAAAAAUUUAAAUUAUAAUAACGAACGAACAACAACAGCGAAACAAAAACAAAAAAUAAAUAAACAUCGAAUCGCGACGCAUAUAAGAAAAAUCUUUACAAAAUUUGAAACAAGAGAAGCUCGUCCCGCAGUACCGUUGCGAAAUUUCUGUUGUUUACGGCUUGAUGUUCAUGCAUAUGUAUGUAUAUAUGCAUAGACGAUUUACGGUUUAGCUAACGUUCAAUAGAGUACAGUGCAUAUCGGCUAAAAUACUAUACCACGUUCUAGCAAAAUGAAGUCCGACCCACGGCCGCUGCGGUCCAGCUGGCUGCUCAGCUACGCCGCCAUCCUCUGCCUGCUGUUCGGUGGCAAAGCGCUGGCCCAAUCCAAUUACGUGCAGCAUGGCGAUAGCGGCAACUACUCCACAAACGGACUGCCCGAGGAGGCGACCCUGGAUGGCAAGGUAACCAAACUGGAUGACAUUAGCCCCUUGAUAUUUUUGAAUCGCACCAAAGCCGCGUUGAACUGCGCAGCCGGCUCAAUGCAAGUUGAUCUCAAAUUCAAUGAUCCCUUCCACGGCAUCAUUCAGGCUGACUACGAUCGGAGCAGCGCUUGUCGAGUUAGUGGUAAAGGCGCACUCAGCUAUCGCCUGGAGCUACCGCUCAAGGGCUGUGGAACAAUACAGAAUCCCACACGCGUGUUCACCAACAACAUAAUUGUCCGCUUCCAUGCCAAUUUGGAGAUGGAUGGCGAUGAGAUCAUCACAAUCGUUUGUCGCUAUCCGCCGCCGGUGCCCUCUCUGCCACCCGCACUGCCAGCACCCAUCUUAAAUCCCAUUGCCACGGGCUCUGUACUUCAGCCGCCACUGAAGGGCAUUCAGAUCUUGAUGAUCAUAUGCGCCAUCAUGUUCCUGACCCUGCUGCUGUUGGGUCUGGCCGUCUCCUACUACUGCUUGCGUAGUCGUCCCAUUCCGGUGGUGCGACGUCUGCCGAUGAGCAUGGGCAGCGGCUCAGAGAUCACCAAGCUGAGCGGCAGUAGCGCUGGCAACAUCAGUGCAUUCGAGGGCGUGAAGAUACCGCGUGCUCAUGCGGCUCUCCAGGCCGUCUAUAGCUCGUCGGGCAGCGAAGGCGCUCUGAUACCUUCGGACUACCCCAGUGAGUCGCAUUCGGAAAUCGAGGAGAUUGAUACACGAUCGCUGCCGUUCAGCUCUGCGGGCAGCUUCGAGAAUCGGGCAUUUGUUCAGGAAACGUCCAGUAUCUACAGUGACCACUAUGCUCCAGCUCAGGAAGUGCCAGCGGCCAACGCUGUGAUAUCCACGGUAAUGCGACAAACUGCUACAGUGCAGGAGCCGUUGGCUGGCUCGCCCAAGUUUGAUGUUCAGGUGAGGGUGAAGAAAUCGCCACCGCCCAUCCCAUCACCCGUCACAUCCGACACGGAGAGCAUGGCGACUCUUCGGGGAGAUCGCAACAACUUGUCGACCAUCAUGGAGGGCUACGAGGACCGGGAGAGUGUCAUGACCAUGGACUCACUGCCACACCAAGUAGAGACGAUGCAGUCCCAGUUCACGUACGUGCCCGAGCUACAUCCGGCACCGCAAAUGCCCCAGCCACAACCGAUUCCGAUGGUAGCCGAGCCCAAGUUCUCCGUCUAUACUCGCACUCACCAUGAGGUUGUCGACGGUCGUCCGGAAACCUGGUCUGACUACACCGACGGACCGGAACCGAGCGAGAUUACAGAUCUGUCCUCGGAGGCACCCGAGCGAUCGGUCGUCCACGACACCAGUCGGGCGGUGGACACGAUGCACUACUACGAGGACGAGUAUGUGCCAGCGGAGCCAGUGGUGCAGACGCCGCCACCGCUGCCUGCCGUGACAUCCCACACUGUCGACGACAUCUAUUUGCGUACGGUUACCGAGAAGAAGACUAUCGAGGACAUUGAGAGCCACAAGCGACGCGUCACCGAGUACAAGAGCAAGCCGAAGGCCCCACUACCGCCACCACCGCCUCCGGUGGUUGAUCCCACGUUCGACGUGAAGGUGCGCAAAUAUCCAAGCGAGCGCGAGCAGCAGCAAUGGGAGAACUUCUCGGAUAUCUCGAGCGCCUCCGGGCUAACACUCACGCCGAAGAUGUCGCGCACCGAGCUAAGCCUGCCACCGGCGGAGCCGCCGGCCCAGAUCCACGAUAACAAACAGAAAUUGACCAGCCCCGAGCUAGUUGGCAACAUGAAACCCAUUGAGGUACCGCCGCAGGACAAGGAUGUGCCCAACUGGGACGUGCUCAUACGCAUUCUGGAGGAGCCCGAACUAUCCGAGAUCGGCGACGACACCAGUUCCGUUCACAACAUCAGCUACGAUGACAGGGCCAAGUGGAAGGAGAUCAUUACCACGCAGUCCUCAUUGCGCACCAUGUUGACCGAGGCGGUAGUGCGCGAGGACUUCGAGCGCAUUCGCCAGGACACGCGGUACGAGCGCAUGUUCGAGCCGCAGACCUGGGACGUCAUCAUACGCAUCCUGGCGCCACCCAGCGACGACGAGACGGACGUCGAAAUGCGCGCACCCAAGCGCGGCAAGAAGGCGCCGCCACAGCCGUGGGAUACCCGCUCCAGGCGCAGCUCGCUGCCAACGCUAUACGAGUACGACAGCGACGGCGGCUCCAGCGUGCGUACCAUACGCAACGAUCCGACACUGCCAUUGCACGGCGGUCCGAUGGCUGGGCCCGGCCCCUUCAAUACGCAGCGAUCGCGCCGUAGCUCUCGCACCUCAUACCAGACAGAUCACAACGAUUUCCGGUCCAUGUCCGAGGUGACGGUCGACUUCGGCCGGCCCCAGCCGGACAACCUGGACAAUGUGAGCGAUGCCAGCUCGUAUUAUCGUAUGCAGUACUACGAUGAUGAAGACCGACGCUCCUUCCAUCGCUCAAUCAGCCAUCCAUCGCUGGCUCGCUCGGCCAGCGAGUUCACUGAGCACUGGACAGCACCCGAUGACGUCGAGGUUUCCUCGCCCGAGGGCACGCCUCGCGCCUACCGAGCACGUCAGCCAUUGGCGCUAGCUCAGCACGUAGCGGGCCAGCCCGAGGAGCGCAUUGUCUCCCAGACACAAAGCGAGUACGUGGAGACGCAUCGCAGCGUCUUCCAAUCAGAAAAACAACUGCCAGCGCCGACGCGCAAAUGGUAGACGCAUAGUUUCUCCUCCCCUCUCUCCCCCUUCCUCUAUCUAUGUCUCUCGAUAAUCAAGUCAAUUUUAUUCUAUUAAUAUAUAUAAUACUUUCUUUAAUUAAGAAAUCAACUCACAAGCGGCAAAGUAUGUAACGGGAAGGGUUAUCAGAGUAGUAGUUAGAUUUGCUUAUAAUCAGUUUGAAUCUGGGAUUAGUCGAGUCGAUCAACUUUUCCGAUUAAUAACUAACUUAAUCAUCACAAUGCAGCAGCGUGAAUCCACAUCUACAAUUAUCUAUAUAUAUUCUAUAUACCUACAUAUAUAUAAUAUAUUACUAACAAAAGUGCCAAUUACAAUUGCCUGAUAAAUUUGAACUCUUGUAAAAUUCAAACACAAAUUUUAUUUUUUUUUUAUAUAUAUAUACAUAUAUAAUAGGCAAAAUAUUCUCUAUAUACCUUCAGCUGCUUUAGACCCCAUGCUGCCUUUAAGUAAAUAUAUAUUUAUAUAUGUACAUGUAUAUCUGAAAUUGGACCAAACUGAAAUUGGAUCUAUUUCCAUUCUACUGCCGCUAAGCAAACUCAAAGAGAUAUCGAAAUGAAGACAUAUGCAUACAUACUUAGAUGACAUUACUUCAGUUGUGUUGUGGAUAGCUUACAGACUUUUUGAUAGUAUUACUAAAAAUAGCUAGAGAUACAAAUACUAAAUAGAAUUUGUUAUUCGGGUGAAGGAAUAUUAACAUAAAAGACUACUCUAUUUCAACAUGAGCUUGCAAACAGUACAUACUAUUUUCGGGGACUUCAGAUAAUAAUACGUAUAUAUAUUAUAUGCAUUGUCCGAUGCAGUACGUAUGUAUAUACAUAUAUAUUAUUAUAAAUUCCUAUAAAAUAGCUUUUUUUUUUAAAUACAUUUUAUAAGCCAAUCCGUCCACGAAUAUAGUACAUAUACCUUCAGAAAACAAAUGCAUUAUGCCCUGAUUCUCCAUUUCAAAUGACUUCAGGGUAUUUAUCAUUUGCAGUAAUUAAAAAGAAAUCAUAGUUUAUUCUUCGGAAGAACCGAAGUUGUAACAGUUCUACAGAUGCAGAAUGGAUUGUGGAGAAAACAAUGAAUGCAGUUCAUUUUGUCAGAUAAUCAUUAUUAGUUGAUUAGUGGAAGCAAUGACAAAAUAGCAUUGAUCAGUUCAUAAUUAAGACCAGAUUGCAGAUAGAUCUAUAGCAAAACUGUAUACAUUAAGGUCGUCUAUGUGAAAAUCCAUAUAUAUAUAUAUAUAUAUAUAUAUAUAUAGAUAUAUAGGCAGUGACUUUUCUAAUGCAGGCGUAGAACAGUGCGAACAAAAAUGAAUUAAUUAUAUAAGUAGUAUCUUCAUUAUCAUAUCAAAAAAUUUUAAUCGCUAUCCACUUAAUCAAAGAAAUGCUGCUUGUUCAACGUACAUAGAUUACUAUUUAUCCUAACAGAAAUGUCUGUAAUCAAAGUAAGACAAUAAAAAAAAAAAUAAAUUAAAAAAA